CUCCCAUGAGCGCCCGCGGUGACCUAGAGCACUGUGAUUCAGGUUCCGACGCGUUGAGCUGGAACAGGAGUUUGUGUGGAAGAAGGAAGGUGUCCUGCAGAAACUCUCGCCGCCACCAACAUGCGCCGGUCGGACACCUUCCUCUCACAGUGACGAGUUUCCCACCGGGUCGUUCUCCGCUGCAGUGUGGUCGCCAUGGGGACGGCUGCUGCCAUUGUUCUCGUGUUUGUCGGAUGCUGUAGCAAUGUGGUGUCACUGGAGCUGCUCGCCAGAGAGUUUCCAGGAUGCGGCAACAUCGUCACCUUCGCUCAGUUUUUAUUCAUCGCAUUAGAAGGCUUCAUCUUUGAAACAAAGUGUGGGAGGAAGAAACCAACCAUCCCUAUCCGUAACUAUGUGAUCAUGGUGACAAUGUUCUUCACAGUCAGCGUGAUCAACAACUACGCUCUCAACUUCAACAUCGCCAUGCCGCUGCACAUGAUCUUCAGAUCGGGGUCACUCAUCGCAAACAUGAUCCUGGGAAUAAUCAUCCUGAAGAAAAGGUACUCAGCCAGUAAAUAUCUGUCUAUAGCUUUAGUGUCGGCUGGUAUCUUCAUCUGCACCAUCAUGUCUGCCAAGCAAGUGAACGUGGCGAAUGAGGGAUCAGAAGAAGAAGGAUUUAAUGCCUUGAUGCGCUGGCUCAUAGGCAUCGCCAUGUUGACGUUUGCUCUCCUGAUGUCUGCGAGGAUGGGCAUUUUCCAGGAGACGUUGUACAAGCAGUAUGGAAAACAUUCCAAAGAGGCUCUCUUCUAUAAUCACUUCCUGCCUCUGCCGGGCUUCCUGCUUCUCUCCACUGACAUCUACCACCACUGUGUCCACUUCAGUCAGAGCGCUCCCGCAGUGGUUCCUGUUGUCGGACUGACCAUGCCGAUAAUGUGGCUCUACCUGCUGGUCAACGUCAUCACACAAUACGUGUGCAUCCGCGGCGUGUUCAUUCUGACCACAGAGUGCGCCUCGCUGACCGUCACUCUGGUGGUGACGCUGAGAAAGUUCCUCAGCCUCAUCUUCUCCAUCAUGUACUUCCAAAACCCCUUCACCGCCUGGCACUGGGUGGGCACUGCCGUGGUCUUCCUGGGAACUCUGCUGUACACGGAGGUGUGGAGCAGCGUCCAGGCGGCUCUGCGUGGCCCCGCCACCAAGGACAAGAAGGCAGAGUGAAGAAGAAGAAGAACACGGGACUGGAAAAAACAGCCACUGCGUUGGACUCAGAUUGUGUUUGGUCGACUACGCUGCAGCAAUUUUUAGAAACUUACGUCAAUUAUUAUUUGUUACAGUAAAACCCUCACAAACGGGUUAAAGGAUGAUGCUGGUGAUACUCUGUGUUGUGGUUAUUAAAAAAAAUUACACGAAAAGACAAAAACCAACAGUCUCUUAGUCCACCUCUCAAAAGUUUCUGACUUCUCUGCCGUGUCACUCCGCCCAAAGACCCUAGGUUCCUUCUGAAGACAUACAUCUUUAAUCAACAUAUUUAAAUGGCUCACAUCCGUUACUGAAAGAGGUCGCUAGUAGUGAUGCAACUAAGGAGAAUAAUUUUAAUUCUUCAGCAUUUGAGCAUCAUUUAAAUCAUUGUUUUGUUUUCACUGCCCACAACUGUACUGUUUUACUUCUGUUUGUGAUUCUCGCUGUUCUCAGUCUCAAUUUCCCUCAGGAGUUGGUAAGGACCAAAAACAGGCCGGAAACACUUCUCUAAAUGAAUGACAAUGUUGUUUUGAGUUGGAUGUUUAAAGGUACAGUUACUACAUAAAAUUGUGAAGCAAUUUGCAUAAAACAAAAAAAAAUUCUCAUCAA